GCUCUUAAGUGGCGUGAGGUUAAUGAGGGGACUCGAGGCAAGAAGAGGAAAAAUGAUUAUAUGAAGUUGAUAGAAGAAAGACGGAUUGACUUAAAAAAUAACACCGAGGACCAUUUCCAAAGAAGGACGUUUGGCGGGCGAUUGGCGGGCAUUUGCGUGGUUCGAUUAGAAUAUGUCAGAUUUGUAGCACAAAUCCUCAGUUCACCAACGACAAUCACCGUUCGGAGUGGGCGUUCGCCUAUGACCC